AUAACGGUCUUAACUCCGUCCUGAGUCCGGGAGGAGGAGAAAUAGAAAAAGCUCAAAAGGAAAGAAGGCGAUGGCGCCCCUCGACUGCAACACGGACUGCGUGGAGAAGCCCGUGUCGCGCUUGCUGCAGGACCUGGGAGCCCUAGUGGGCACGCACCCGUGGCCCUUCCUGCUCGUGCCCUUGGCGCUCUCGGCCGCUUUGGGCACCGGCUUCGGGUUCCUGAAGAGCCUGGAGGACAACGACAUCGAGCGCCAGUUCACGCCGCUCGGGGGCCCCGCCAAGGGCGAGCGGCGCUUCGUGCAGGCGCACUUCACCACCGACGACGCGCAGCGCUUCUCCGCCGAGAGGCUGACCACCGAGGGCUCCUUCGCCGCUUUCAUCGCCGUGGCCCGCGGCGGAGGCUCGCUCCUCACCCGGCAGGCCUUCGCCGAGCUGCUGGCGCUGGACAAAGCGGUGUGGGAGCUCCGCGACCCCGCGCUCCCCUUCGCCCAGCUCUGCGCGCGGAGCAUCCCUGGCACCAACUGCAGCAGCGCCAACCCGCUGCUGAGCGCCACGGGAGGCGACCCGGCCCGGAUAGAGGCGCUGCUGCCCGACCUCACCUUCCCGCUCUACGCUCCUCCGUCCUUUCCCCAUCCCGUUUUCUUGGGCGUCUUUCUGGGAGGCCUCGACCUGGCCCCCGGGGGUGGGACGGCGCGCCCCGUCCGGGCAGCCAAAGCGCUGCGCCUCUUGUACUACUUGCAGGAGGAUGAGGCUACUCGGAGAAACGACAGCGCGCUCUGGCUCCGGAUGUUUCUGGAGCGCAUCCCGGGUGUGGUGAAAUCCUUGAACCUGGAAACCAUCCAGGUGGCUUAUUUUACUUCAUUGUCCAGACAGAAAGAGUUUGAAAAAAAUACUAAGGAAGUGGUCCCUUUGUUUUCCAUCACGUAUACCUUAACAAUAACCUUCUCAAUUAUGUCAUGCGCAAGGCUGGACUGUGUACGGACAAAAGUGUGGGUUGCAGCUUUUGGGGUGCUGACAGCAGGCUUAUCUGUCGUCAGCAGCUUUGGAUUGCUGCUCUUAUGUGGGGUGCCGUUUGUUGUCACAGUUGCAAAUUCGCCAUUUCUUAUCCUUGGGGUUGGUGUUGAUGAUAUGUUCAUCCUGGUGUGUUGCUGGCAGCAGACUCAAGUGAAGGACAGUGUCAGAGAUCGAAUGGCUGACACCUACGGAAAAGCAGCCGUGUCCAUUACCAUCACAACCCUCACAGACGUUUUAGCCUUCUACAUUGGAAUUGCAACUCCAUUUCCGUCCAUUCAGGCAUUUUGCAUGUAUACAGGAACAGCCUUUGUGUUCUGCUACAUAUAUAACCUGACAUUCUUGGGGGCCAUUCUUGCUUUAAAUGGGAGACGAGAAGAAAGCAACAGACACUUUCUCACAUUCAUGAAAGUGAGCAACGAACCUCAGGAUUCUCAGGGCUCCGCAUAUAACAUGUGCUGUGUAGGAGGGUCUUUUGAUGAGUCCACUGGAGCAGAGACUGAACACCCCAUGAAUGGAUUCUUUAGAAAGCAUUAUGGCCCCUUCCUUAUGCUCACCUGGACCAAGGUGCUUGUGGUAGUCCUUUAUCUCAUGUACUUGGCUAGUAGUAUUUUUGGCUGUACGCAAGUCCAAGAAGGUAUAGAUCUUCGAAAUCUAGCUAGUGAUAGUUCUUACGUCAUCCAGUAUUAUGAAUGGGAAAAGGAAUAUUUUUCAGAAUAUGGCCCAAGGGUUAUGGUGGUUGUUACUGAAAGCAAAGCUUAUUGGGAUUCAUCUGUCCGUGCAGAUAUUGAAAAGUGUAUGAAUGCACUAGAAAGCUCAUCCUACAUCAGCAAGGAUUUAUCCGUGUCCUGGUUAAGAACUUACGAAGAUGUCGCUAAUCGUAUGUCUUUCAGUAUAGAUAACCGUAGGCUUUUCAUUGACAAUUUAUCCACCCUCUUUAGAAUUAUUCCAGACUUCAAGUGGGAUGUUUAUGUUAUUGCUUCAGAAAUAUUAGCGUCACGUUUUUUCAUACAGACAGUCAAUGUUACUACUGCAGUGGAUGAGAAGAGUCUUUUAAUUGAGCUGAGAGACCUUGCUGAGGGCUGCAAGAUACCAUUAAUAGUUUAUCAUCCAGCUUUUAUAUACUUUGAUCAAUAUACUGUGAUCGUUCAGGACACGGUUCAAACUGUUGUGAUUGCUGCUGGAGUCAUGCUACUCAUUUCCUUACUACUCAUUCCCAAUCCUCUUUGUUCUUUGUGGGUAACCUUUGCUAUUGCCUCUGUUAUUGUCGGUGUAGCUGGUUUCAUGGCCUUCUGGAAUGUGAAUCUCGAUUCCAUUUCCAUGAUCAACCUUGUAAUUUGCAUAGGGUUUUCUGUAGACUUCUCUGCUCAUAUUUCUUACAAUUUUGUUGCCAGUGAGAAAGACGAAGUGAAUGACAAGGCUGUGGAUGCUCUGUACCGCCUUGGCUACCCUGUUACUCAGGGAGCUGUUUCCACUAUCUUGGGAGUUCUUGUUCUCUCCAUGGCAUCCUCUUACAUCUUCAGAACCUUUUUUAAGAUAAUGUUUCUGGUGAUAUUUUUUGGGGCUGUUCACGGUCUCAUUUUUAUUCCUGUGUUCUUAACUUUCUUUGGCUUUUGUAGUAAAAUGCCAAAUAGACAGUAUCCAGUCAGUGCCCAAGGAGUUCCUUCCUAAGAUACAAAUAUUAUGAAACUGCCUAAUGUAGACAUGACAAUAUUACAAUGACAGCAGUUCGAUAAUGGAACUUAUUACCUAGUGGACAGGAGUGGGCUCUUCCAGUUGAGCAUUUAAGGUCCCCAUCCCUACUUUGCAGGCUGCUAUCUGAUUGGAUUUUACUUUGAUUCUGACUUAAUUUUAGGAUGUAGGAUGUAUUUUAACUGAUUGCUUGAUUUUAUGGUAAUAUGUUAUUUAUUUGAUGUUAGCCUCUCCGAGCCUGGUAUCAACAGAUUGGGAACUGCUUUCCUUUUGGGUGAAGACAGAGGCAAAGGUUUUGAGCAUUUCCACCGCCUGUGU